CGGCUCAGUAUCCACAGAGGGGCUGUGACAGAAGGAGGGCUCAGAGCAGACUCUGCCACUCAGAUCACCAUGUACAGCUUCAUGGGUGGCGGCCUCUUCUGUGCCUGGGUGGGGACCAUCCUGUUGGUGGUAGCCACGGCGACUGACCACUGGAUGCAGUACCGGCUGUCGGGGUCCUUCGCACACCAGGGCCUGUGGCGUUACUGCCUGGGCAACAAGUGCUUCCUGCAGACAGAGAGCAUCGCAUAUUGGAAUGCCACCCGAGCUUUCAUGAUCCUGUCUGCCCUGUGUGCCACCUCGGGCAUCAUCAUGGGUGUCUUAGCCUUUGCGCAGCAAUCCACCUUCACCCGCCUCUCCAGGCCCUUCUCCGCCGGCAUCAUGUUUUUUGCCUCCACCCUUUUUGUCCUGUUGGCCUUGGCUAUUUACACUGGAGUCACUGUCAGUUUCCUCGGCCGCCGCUUUGGAGACUGGCGCUUUUCGUGGUCUUACAUCCUGGGCUGGGUGGCCCUGCUCAUGACCUUCUUUGCAGGAAUUUUCUACAUGUGUGCCUACCGGAUGCAUGAGUGCCGGCGCCUAGCCACCCCACGCUGAGCCCUGGUAAAACUUGCAGCUGGAAGUUACAGGGCACUGAAGAGGAAGGGGAGGACCCAGAGGCCGGAAGUCCUGGCUCCCGAGGGAAUGAGGGGGCUCAGUCCUGGAUUCUAGAUAGGGAGCCCUUGAUCCCUCUGUGCUGUGUAGGGAGGAAAAGUAGGCUCAACUGGGAGGGAGUUGAGAAGACAUAAGGCCCCUCCUGCCCUGAGGGGUGGUAGAAAAUGGAUGCUCCUUUAGAGAGACAUUUGGUGAUCUAAUAAAACUGAUGUGAAACUAUCAAA